AUGGCGUUCACUGGCUACGUGUUCAAGACCAAGGAGGAGGUGGCGCAGGUGGCGGAGGUAGCGGGCCAAGGACCGACUUUCCGCUGGUGCCAGCGCCAAGCGCGGCGACUGCACUGCAUGGUGACCUGCGGCUACGUGGAGAAGGCUGGCGUGCUGCUCUACAACUCGAUGCUAGUCGUGGGUCCCGACGGCGAGCUGGUGCUCAACCCGCGAAAGACGUUCCUGUACGAGACCGACAAGUCCUGGGCCACAGCGGGGGACGGCUUCUGCUCGUGGCACUGCCCGUGGCUCAACAAGACCAUCUCGUUCGGGAUCUGCAUGGAUAUCAACCCGGACGACUUCAAGGCUCCGUUCUCGGCCUACGAGUUCGGCUCCCACGCAGUGGAUAACAAGAGCGACUUGCUGCUGUUUGCCUGCGCCUGGAACGACUUCGAGGAGCACGACGUGGCGCCGUACCCGACGCUUUCCUACUGGGCACAACGCUUGACGCCAGUCAUAGACGCGCUGGCCGCAGGCGACUACGCGAAGCCCAACUGCCACUUCCUCUGCUCGAACCGAAUCGGCUCUGAGAAUGGGACGUUCUUCGUUGGCGCGAGCUGCGCUCUCUCGCUCAAAGAGCCCGCUAUAGUGGCGCACGCUGGGCGGCGGACGGAAGAGCUGCUGCGCGUGGAGAUCCCUGGCGAUGCAAGCGAAUCAGAGUAG